AUGGAACCUCCCAGCUACGUCUAUGCAGACACUCGCCAACGAGCUAGUAGCACAGGUUUAGGAACCUCAGCAUCAACCGCGCCUCCACCACCAAAAGCAGAUUCUGUACCGUUUGACUUCCAGUCGCAACUUGGACACAUGGUAUGGGAAGCAGGAACAAAGCAGGUGCAGGAUACAUUCAAAUCUUAUGGAAGAAUUGAUUUAUUUCGACCAUAUUUCGACGUGGAACCUAGUCAGGUGCGUAUUCGCCUCCUACGGUCAUUUGUGCCACGUCGGCCAUCUCAGAUGGUGACUUCUCCUGAUCUCUAUGGUCCAUCGAUGGUUGUUCUUACAAUGGUUGCAUUGCUUUUGUUUAACAUGAAAAGUAGCGGAUAUGUAGUUCCAAACGGUACCCUCAUGGGCACUUCAUUUUUUGCUUGCUUCGGCUCGUGGCUGUUCAUUAUCCGGACUACUCUACGUGCUCUGUUUCCUUUUCGGUGCUGA